AUGAGGAUGAGGACUCAGUGGCUGCAGAUUGUGUUUUUACUACAGCUGGAUCUGUCCCAGGCUCAAGGCCACAGGAGAGUCACUUUGCCCAUGACUUCCUUCCUUGUACCAGGUCUAAUAGACGAGGAAAACCAGACAGGAGCGGUGCAUUUACACUUCCACCCCUUCUCCACAGACCCAGCAGUGGCUUCCCCUUUCCUCGCCUUCUUGCUGUUGUACCUAGGAAGCCUCAUUGGAAAUGUCACCAUUGGGCUCAUAGUCUGGCGCGAUCACUCCCUCCAUACUCCAAUGUACUUCCUCCUUUUUGCACUAGCCAUGCUGGAGAUUGGCUUCUCCACCAACAUUGCUCCCCUGACUUUGGCUAGCAUCCUUUCCACGGGGAAGAUGCUUAUCUCUCUCCCUGGUUAUGGGGCCCAGAUGUUCUUCUUCAUCCUUCUUGGAGGGUCUGACUGGAUCUUGCUUGCUGUCGUGGCUUAUGACAGGUAUAUGGCACUCCAUCAUCCACUGCGUUACAACCUCAUCAUGAGUUGGCAAGUCUGUGGACAGAUGACUUUAGGUUCUUUGGGGCUGGGAUUCCUGUUGUCACUGCCUCUGACCAUUCUCAUCUGCCCCCUUCCAUUCUGUGGCCACGACGAAGUCUACCACUUCUUCUGUGACAUGCCUGCAGUUAUACGCCUGGCCUAUGCAGACACCCACAUGCACGAGGCAGCUCUCUAUGCCAUCAGUUUUAUCAUCCUCAGCAUCCCCUCCCUGCUUAUCACUCUCUCCUAUGUCUUCCUCAUGGCUGCCAUCCUGAAGAUCCACUCAGCAGAGGAGAGGCACAAGGCCUUCUCCACCUGCUCCUCCUGCCUGACUGUGGUCCUGCUCCAGGGUGGAUGUGGAAGCCUCAUCUACCUGUGCCCCAGUUCCAGCUACUCUCCAGAGAGGGGCCAGGUGGUGUCUGUGGUUUACACAUUCAUCACCCUUGUGCUGAAUCCUUUGAUCUACAGCAUGAGAAACAAGUUGCUUAAGGAUGCUCUAAAAAAAGAAGAAAUUACAAGGUUCUUGCUGCUCAGAGCACAUUGA